CGCCGCCGCGGGCGGGCCCGUCCCCCAGCGCCCCCCCCGAACACCAUAGGCGGCUCCGGCUCCAAGAUGUCCAACCGGGUGCUCUGCCGGGAGGCCAGCCACGCCGGCAGCUGGUACACGGCCUCAGGACCCCAGCUGAAUGCACAGCUAGAAGGUUGGCUUUCUCAAGUACAGUCCACAAAAAGACCUGCAAGAGCCAUUAUUGCACCCCAUGCAGGAUAUACCUACUGUGGAUCUUGUGCAGCCCAUGCUUACAAACAAGUGGAUCCCAAUAUCACCCGAAAAAUUUUCAUUCUUGGGCCUUCCCAUCACGUGCCCCUCUCCCGAUGUGCACUUUCCAGUGUGGACAUUUACAGAACACCUCUGUAUGACCUUCGAAUUGACCAAAAGAUUUAUGCAGAAUUGUGGAAGACUGGAAUGUUUGAGCGCAUGUCCCUACAGACAGACGAAGAUGAGCACAGUAUUGAAAUGCAUUUGCCUUACACUGCUAAAGCCAUGGAAAGCCAUAAGGAUGAGUUUACUAUUAUUCCUGUGUUGGUCGGAGCACUGAGUGAGUCAAAAGAGCAGGAAUUUGGAAAACUCUUCAGUAAAUACCUAGCUGAUCCUAGUAAUCUCUUUGUGGUUUCUUCUGACUUUUGCCAUUGGGGUCAGAGGUUCCGUUACAGUUACUAUGAUGAAUCCCAAGGAGAAAUUUAUAGAUCCAUUGAGCACCUAGAUAAAAUGGGUAUGAGCAUUAUAGAGCAGCUAGAUCCUGUAUCUUUUAGCAAUUACUUGAAGAAAUACCAUAAUACAAUAUGUGGAAGACAUCCUAUUGGAGUGCUAUUAAAUGCUAUCAACGAGCUCCAGAAGAACGGAAUGAAUAUGAGCUUUUCAUUUUUGAAUUACGCUCAGUCGAGCCAGUGUCGAAACUGGCAAGACAGCUCCGUGAGUUAUGCAGCUGGAGCACUUAUGGUCCACUGAACUGCUGAAUGCUCAGGGAUGGCACCUGCACACACUCUGUAUUCGGGGUCCCAGCCUAGCCCCCUAGCCCUUACAAAGAUACAGCCCCUGGUCUUUGGGUAUACUGAAACCUCAAACUAAUAGAACUCUGUUCUUUUCUAGUAGGUGUAGUCCUUCCUUAGUUUCAACUCAUUUAAAAAUGCUUUCUUGUUUAGGACAAUGGAAGGAAGACUGGUAUCCGAGCUUUUUGUGAGAGUUGUUUUUUUUCUUUGGAAAAGAUAAUGGCUAUGAAGGCAUGGUGGUAGACUGUCCUUAAAAAUACAACAUGUAAAGCAUUUAUCAUAUCCUAAAUUUGCACUCUUUGCAGACCUGUGCACAUAUACUCAGCUUUCAGAAUAGUUUUGCAAGUUGUAAACGGAAAAAGGGGGGAAAAGGGGGUGGAAGCUUUUUAAUAAAAGAAAAAAAAAAGGAAAACAAUGCAUUUAUAAAUGAUUCUGUAUUAGAAUAUAAUAAAACUCCAGUAUAGUCAGUUACUACCCGUGAUGUACAACAGAUAUCUUCUAUUUUAGUUGCUAAUAAAGGGCUACACAAACCAAAA